AAAAAAAUCUCGAAAUUGUGUGUAACAAAGCUCAAUUUCCAUUUGCUUUGCUCACAGGGCCUCAUCACUAUCCCCAUCGUUUUCUUGAACUUCAAUUCCAUUCGCGUUGCUUCUCAAUCUUACCUUCUCUUCUAUUUUCCUAGGUUUUCAUCGUUUUCUUUCUUUUCAAGAUUCAUUCCAGAGCUUCCGUGCGGUCGUAUUUGUAUCAUGCCGGUGCAUCUCACGCCGAAUGCAAUCUCUGCAAUUGUCGCAGGCGACGUUAAUUCCAAGCCUCUGGUGCAGGUCCUAGAUAUCAAGCUCAUCGGUAAAACGCAGGAGAGGUAUAGCCUUUUUAUCUCCGAUGCCGUUUCUGCUGAGCAUGCUAUGCUCGCAACACAGCUUAAUGAUAUUGUUAAGGCUGGACGAAUCAAGAAAGGAUCCGUUAUCCAGUUGAUCGAUUAUGUUUGCAGUCCCGUCCAGGGCCGCAAGAUUAUUGUUGUGAUUUGCCUGGAAACUAUUAUAUUGGACUGUGAGAUAAUUGGGAAUCCAAAAUCAUCGGCUCAGUCAGAUUUUUCUGCGCAAAAGGCAACGCCAUCUAGAAAUUUAGAGCAAUCUGCCAAGGUUGGUAAUGGCCAUGUGAGUGACAAAAAUCCAGUUCAUAAUGUGCAGAGCUUCCAAGCUACAGUUCAACCUCCAUAUCAGCCACCUCCAAACUAUAAAAACCACGGUGCAAUCAUUAAGAAUGAGGCACCAGCACGUAUAAUCCCUAUAGCUGCAUUGAAUCCUUAUCAGGGACGAUGGGCUAUAAAGGCAAGAGUUACUGCAAAGGGUGAUCUCCGUCGCUACAAUAAUGCCCGAGGAGAUGGAAAAGUUUUCUCUUUUGACCUCCUUGAUUCUGAUGGAGGAGAGAUACGUGUGACCUGCUUCAACGCGGUUGUUGAUCGCUUCUACGAGGUCAUAGAAGUUGGUAAAGUAUACUUGAUUUCUAAGGGUAGCCUAAAACCUGCUCAGAAGAACUUCAAUCACCUAAAGAAUGAAUGGGAGGUUUUCUUGGAGGCAUCUUCCAGUGUGGAACUUUGCCCAGAUGAAGAUGAUACCAUACCAAGACAGCAGUUUUCUUUCAGACCUAUCAGUGAAAUUGAGAAUGCUGAAACCAAUUCUAUUCUGGAUAUUAUUGGUAUUGUAACAUCUAUCAACCCAUCAAUUCCUGUGUUGAGAAAAAAUGGUAUGGAAACUCAAAGAAGAGUUCUGAAUUUGAAGGAUGCAUCUGGCAGGAGUGUUGAGCUGACGCUUUGGGGGGAUUUUUGCAACAGAGAAGGUCAAAAACUGCAAGAAAUAAUUAACUCGGGGCUCUCUCCAAUUUUGGCUGUGAAAUCUGGGAAGGUAAGUGAUUUCACCGGGAAGUCCAUUGGGACAAUUUCUUCCACUCAGCUUUUCAUAGAUCCAGAUCUUUGCGAGUCUCGCAUCUUGAGGGAUUGGUACGAUGGUGGCGGGAAGAACACUACUUCUGUGUCUAUUUCUAAAGAAAUAAUGCCAGGAGCAGCCAAGAAUGAGAUUCGGAAGACUGUGUCCCAGAUUAAAGAUGAAGGUCUUGGGAGAUCUGAUAAGCCAGAUUGGAUUACCGUGAAAGCAACAAUAUCGUUCAUCAAAACAGAUUCCUUCUGCUACACAGCAUGUCCACUAAUGAUUGGAGAUCGACAGUGCAACAAGAAGGUGAACAGAUCAGGAAACUCAAAGUGGCUAUGUGACAGGUGCAAUCAAGAAUUUGAGGAUUGCGAUUACAGAUAUCUUCUCCAAGCCCAAAUCCAAGACCAUACUGGAUUGACAUGGGUGACAGCCUUCCAGGAAUCUGGUGAAGAGAUUCUGGGUGUCCCAGCCAAGGAGUUGUACGUGUUGAAGUAUGAAGAGCAGGAUGAUGUCAAGUUUGGUGCAAUAAUCAGGAGUAAAAUUUUCGACCAAUUUCUGUUCAGGCUCAAAAUUAAAGAGGAGAUGUAUGGGGAUGAACAGAGGGUGAAAAAUACUGUAGUCAAGGCAGAUGGGGUAAACUAUUAUUUGGAAAGCAAAUAUAUGUUGAAUUUGCUUCCAGACUUUUCACGGUAACAAAUUAUCUCUGGCUGACUAGGCGAUAUCAUUCUUUCCAGGAUUAUUUUUCACUCUUGGAGGGCGAAUAGAAAUAUUUGUUUUUAGAAAUUCUUAGAACAAAAUGUAUUCAGGUUGCACUUGUAAAUUACAAUAGGUUGAGUGCUCAAGAUUUGGAAUUCGAGUAUCGAUCAUUUGAAUUA